AUUCACGAAUCAGUAGAUGAACGAUAUAGCAACGUUAUUCCAAAAGCGCGCCAAAAAUUGAAAAAUGAAAGUGGGCUGUGUUAUUAGUUGUUAGCAAAAAUGACUGAUAAUGCUUUUGAUAUCGACGAUGAACAACUUGAGAUUAGACAAAAAUUAAAGGCAGCAUUAUACUACACCACAUUGAAGAUCAGCAAUGAGCUGGCUGAAGCAAAGGAGGUCACCCUCAGUAGGCAGGUAGUGGCCAGUAUAGCGGAAACAACAUGGGGCCAGUGUCAGCAGUUUGCCGAGGACCUUGAAAUGUUUGCCAAACAUGCCAAAAGAAGUACCAUAAAUGCAGAUGAUGUGAAACUACUCACAAGAAGAUCACAGAAAUUGCAUAACUUCAUAAGCCAGAAACAUGAAGCUUAUUUGGAGGAAAAACAGGAAACAAAGAAGGCCAAAAAGCCCAGGAGCAAGAAAUCUGUCUCUGCUACUGUGUCCACAGGACUAGAUAUGGAGGAAGAUUCUAACAUGGACUAGUGAUUCCACACUUUAUUCAAAUGUGUUCAUUGACUCUUGCUCUAUAUGUAAUGAAUAUAUUAAGCUUCACCUACAUGUACCCUGGCAGGUACUUGUUUAUACAGAUGAAAGGCAUCUAACUGACACAACCAAUGUGGUUUAAAAAUAUUACUGUACAAUAAAAUUUAAUGUAAGAUGUGUGCUAAGAAAAGUUGUUUAGUGUUUUUAAAUUGUGUCUGAGAAGCCUUAAGAAGAGAAUGAUUUGGGAUAUCUAGCAAAUACCAAGCAAAUACCAUAGUUCUUCUAUAAUGACGGCUUAGUGGGUUUUAUAUUUAAUUUUUCAGAGUACAGUUAUGUUGAAUGAAUAAAUUCUUAAAUAUCUUCA